CGCCGCGGCGUGUGUCGGCUGCAGAAGCACAGAGUCGCCCCGCGCGGUGUAGCACACGCUCUCAUACUCACAUGACAGCUCAGUGAUAACAAGCGACAUUACGCACAGUGAUCGGUGGGACUUCAGACGUCUCUCAUAUGUUCUGCGGCGACUCGACGUGAACUUUCAACGUCUUUGAUUUCUUCCGGAGCUUCCAAAAAGGAUUUACUUCUUUACGAUUUUCCCCUGGUUUGAUCAACGAUGCCAGCUGACACUAUGGAGAAGCAGACGGCUUCCCCUAUUGCCGGUGCCCCCGCAAACGGAACUCACACACCGGACAAACCGAAAAAUGCCAGCGAGCAUAGAAAAUCAUCCAAACCCAUCAUGGAGAAACGCCGGAGAGCAAGAAUUAACGAAAGCCUUGGGCAGCUCAAGACUCUCAUCCUGGACGCACUUAAAAAAGAUAGCUCCAGACACUCAAAGCUGGAAAAAGCAGACAUCCUGGAGAUGACAGUGAAGCACUUAAGAAACCUGCAGCGUGUCCAGAUGAGCGCAGCACUCUCAGCUGAUGCCACCGUCCUGAGCAAAUACAGAGCUGGAUUCAACGAGUGCAUGAACGAGGUCACCCGCUUUCUGUCCACCUCAGAGGGGGUGAACACGGAGGUGAGGUCGAGGCUCCUCAACCACCUAUCCAGCUGCAUGGGCCAGAUGAUGUCCAUGAACUACCCGCAGCAGGCCGCGUCUCAGCAGGCUCACCUGGCUCAACCCCUCCAUGUGCAGCUCCCCUCCACUCUGCCCAUCAACGCUGCUGCUAUGGGCUCCAAACUCAGUCCUGCAGAGGCCGUCUGCCCCAAAGUGUUUGGUGGGUUUCAGCUGGUGCCCGCAUCAGAUGGACAGUUCGCGUUUUUGAUCCCGAACCCGGCCUUCGCAUCCACCACAGCCCCAGUCAUCCCCCUUUAUGCCAAUGCAGGAGUGCCUGUCGCGGUUAACGCCAGCCCGUUGCACGGUAGCUCCGCACCGACUACAGCCUCUCCAGUCCACGGCAUGACGUCUUUCUCCGGGGGGUCCCAGGCUGUCAGCCCGGUCGGAGUCAGCACCGGCCCAGAGGGCAGCGAGCCUGUGUGGAGGCCUUGGUAGCGCACAGGACAAGAGACUCAUGUCAAACCAGUUUGCAUUACUUUUCCAGUUUAGACAUUUAACUGACUGCACAGACAACUGUUGCAGGGGUUGAACCUGUGACUUUUUUCCGCUACGGGACGGUAACUCUAACCACUUAAUGCCCUCCAGUAGCUCUCAUUGUUUCGUUUUAUGGAACAACAACGUUUUGGGUUUUUUUAUAGCCUAAUUUAUUUUCUGAUUCCAAUGUUUGGAUGUUGGCGAUAAAUAUGCUGUAUACAUGUGGAAGAUUUAUAGAACUUUUUUGUUAUGAAGUACUUUUUAUGAAAAGGUUUUAGUUUUGUACAGAUGUGUUAUUGAUUGUUAUACCAAAGCUGUGUUUUAUAUUUUUUGUUUUGUGUUGAAAAGAAAAAAGUGAAGUUGGGUGAUGCCCCAUUGUUUUAAUAAAUGACUUUUCAGAAAUUAAUUUC